GUCCUCCCCAAGCCUCCCCCUCGUCCCGGAGCCUGAGCGGGCUGAGACGGGGCCAGACGACGGGAAGCCCUUAAGACUCGGGCGAGUCCGUUUGUUGUCCCCCCGGGCGCUCCCCCUCUUUCCUUAGGCUAAUGGGCCGGCCCGGGAGGGGGCGGGGCCGGCAGGUGCCUUCAUGAAUAAUUUAAAUGACCCUCCCAACUGGAACAUCCUGCCAAAUCAACGAGAGCCCGGGGAUGAGGGCAGCAGAUGGAACUACGCCUUGCUGGUCCCCAUGCUGGGCUUGGCUGCCUUCCGUUGGAUCUGGACCAGAGAAUGUCAAAAAGAAAUAGAAAGAGAAAAAAAUGAAUAUUAUAAAAAACAUUCAUCUUUACAAAGAGACCUGGAAGCCAAAUACCGGGAUAUAAUCACGGAAAAUCGUCGCACAGUUGCUCACUUGGAGUUGGAGCUUGAAAAGGAACGCAACAGAACCCUGAGUUACCGUGAAGCCCUGGUGUCCCAGAGUCGCAAACUAGUAGAAGAAAGAAGGAUCCUAGAACAGGAGCAGGAGAAGUUAGAGCGAGAAAAACAAGUCCUUUUGCACUCAGGAGCAGCAGGUAACUUGUACCAAAGUUGUCUGGCAAAGGAAGAAGAGUGGCAAAACAGAGCCAAUAUUUUACUAAAAGAAUUUGAAGAGGGACUUAAAGCAAGACAGGACAUCUACUGCAGUCUUGUUGUACCCAGAAGCCAGAGACUGGAAAUAGAGAAAAAUCUGCUAGUUAAAGCAGCAACUGAUCCUGUUGCUGUGGCUGUACAUAUGGAAAGUGGCUUGAAAGAUAUUUUCAAACAUGAUAACUACUGUGGCAAUCUGCUGAACAGAAACAAAAGUCAAAAUGGAAGACUGAUGUGGCUGUAUCUGAGAUAUUGGGAACUGGCAAUUGAACUACAAAAGUUCAAGAGGGCAGAAAAGGCCAUGUUAGGAAAACAAUAAGUGGGGGAAGUAAUGGGAUUUCAGGUGAUCCACUGUGCAUAGUAGGGACAAUCACAGUUGUAGUCUGAAGCUGUUAAAUUCUACUGUGUUUCCAUUUCUCCUCCUCGUUGCACUUCUGUUUGCAUGGGACACGUGCAGUGUUGGUGCCUUUCCUUUCACUAACAACAAAUGCUCCAGUGAGCUAUGCAUGCUCUUAAACUCUGUGAGUGUGUUUGUAUUGCAAACUGCAGUGUAGUAUAGAGAUAUGCCAGCUUCCAUAGCUAUCAGGAGCAGCGAAACAGAACUCAAUUUUGAGUGAUUUACCUAGCUGAUGGUCAUACUCCAUCAACAGAGAAGUGUGAUUUGUCUCCCCCAAGUGGCAUAGAACAUUGUGCUCCUUAUCCCUGAUGUUUUACAUGGUGUCUCAAUGCUAUCUGUUUGUUUGUUUAAGCAAGACUGAUUUUGAGGCAGAUGUUUGGAAGAGACCGUGUUUGAGCAAGGUGCUUGUCGCAUAAAUCCUCUGUGUAUAUACGUACAUUUAUAUACAUAUAUGUAUGUGUGAAUAUGUGUGUAUAUAAAUGUAUGUAUUCUGAGGGGUGGAAUAGUAUGAUCAUGUUUCAAAUUAAUCAGUCUUGCAUUGUCUUCCACCUUAAUAUACAAGUAGUACUUUAUGAAGGAAACAUCCAAAAGAUGCUAAUUAUAAUAAUACCUGACGAAACAGAUUGAUGAAAGUCUAAUUGAGCUAGGAAUCCAUGCGUGAAUAGUAGGGACCGUAUAAACUUGAAGUUAUAUUCUCAUAAUACUGGAGAUAUGUUAAGAAUACUUAGUUUUUCUCUCAUUCAGGGUCUUAGUUGUAACCCAACAGCGUGCCUCCAUUAUAGACGUCACCGUGCUGCUGCCUCUGCAUCCCAGUGCACCAACUGCUACCUGGUUAGCUUGCAGGAACCUCUGUGGGUUACAGCCAUUGCACCCAGCUCUUUUCCUUGGACAGGUCCUGUUUGUUAUUCACUGAUAAGAACUGAAAUGCAGCCUGCGCUGGUAGCCACUACCUCCCUCCCUGAUUGUCUCAGUUCUCCCAGAACUUAAGCGUGCUUUUCUACAACUCUUAAAUUUUGAGCUUAUGGCUCACCACUUCGUGUACACGUGACCAUGAAUGCCUAUGGAUAUACAAGCUUUGCAGACUUUUAAGAAAGGCGGCUUUUUACUGUAGUUAACACAGUAAAAUAAAUAGAUCUAGAUAUUUAAAAAAAAAUAUCCCAGUGCAUUUCCAUGCUUGAAAUCUCUUAAAACUCUUGCGUAUUCUUUGGGUCCUUGUAGCAGUAGGAACUACCUUUUUCAAAUGUGCCAUGUAUUUUGGAGAAUAACUUUUUUCUUCCUCUAUUCUAAUCCAACCAUAGACCUCCAAGAGGCAGUGUUUGCCCUUUUGUUUAUAACGUCUGGUCUUUGUUCCUUGACUUUGAUUAGUGGUGGUAGGUUGUCAGUUCUUUAAUUAGGAGUUCUUUAUUUACUGAGGACUAGACUUGACAAACACAUUUGCUCUAGGCGAUCAACUACUGCGUAGCCCAGAAGCAAUCCAGCUAAGUAAAUGCUUGUCCAAGUUUAACACAGAACUCCAGCAGAUGUGGGGUUUUCUCUUACUAUUUCCUUCUGGUUUUGUUUCAGUCUGGGCACAGAAGACAGCAGAUAAAUCUUCUGAAGUAGUGUGUGCAACCUAAUCCAGUUACUCAGCAAAAAUAUCAAACAUGAAAUGAAAUUCUUAGGCAGAAUAUGUUUCCCAGCUAGUCUGCUUUCCAGUUGUGAUUUUGCUCACCUUGGUGGUUCCAGUUAUACUAUCCUAUUGAUUUAUUAGUCUCCUAUGUACUGAUUUAUUUUACUAAUUUUUUUAAAUACAGUUGUAGUAGACAGACAGACCUGGGGGAGGAGGCAGCGGAGCGGGGAGGAAGAGAUACUAUCACAAACACCAGAAAGCCAAAACUUGUUUGGAUGCCAUACAUAUGCAGAUUGGCAGAUGAGCAUGCAAUUGAGUUACUACUGAUGUGUGACAGCUUGAGCCAAGCUGCUGUAGCUGGCCAUGUGCACAUGUCCUAAUUGCCUAGUAGAACAAAUUAGUUGGAGCAACUAAUUACCCUGUGUGUAAUUCCUCCAGGAUGUGAAAAAUGUCUAACCACACAGCCGUGAUGCAUUUUGUAUGUACGUACAAGCAGUUGUUGAGCAACUCAGCUGGCAAAUGGCACCCAGUGAAUCAAUGCCAAUGUAUUUAAGACUGAUACCUUGACUUUGUACAUGUUCAUUAGUUCUUAAAAGAUCAAAUGUUUUAUGCUUUUUCAGUUUUUUCAUAGUUUGUCCCUGACAUCACUCAAAAUGUUUAAAGAAAAUGUAACAAAGAGGGUAAAAUACUUUUUUCAGUAUAGAUGUGUAAGUUGAAGCAUCAUAUGCUCAGUUGUACAGGUUUGGAUGCAAUGUAAUAAAUGUUUGAUACUCACGUUUACUGCUUUAGAAGUGUAAAUUAUUUGUACAACUAAUUGUUGAGCUAUUGUUCAUGGACACUUUGCAGAUCAGUAUAUUAAGACUAAAGAGUUACAUGAGGAGGAUUUUUAAAAGUGUGUAACUGGUUUGGAAGCACCAUUCCUGUUGGUUUCUGCCAAAACCCAUGUUUGUUGGUGUGUUACAUAUUUUUUAAACACUUCCCCUUUGUAGGUUGUUAUGUUGAAAGUUAUAUUGUGAACUUUUAUCUUGCCCAACAACUAUUAUUCUGGAUUGGUUAUUUGUUUGGAAAUGCCCGUGUAUAUGUAGAACGCAAGAAUAAUUUGUUCUCAGAAUAUUUAAGGAACUGGUUUUGGUUAUGAAAAUGGCCAUGCAGCUGUUAAACACUAACAAUUAAUAAAAACCCUUACAUAUUUCUGCACUGUUUUGUAACAUGGGAAAGAAGGGUGGGAGGAGUGGAAUUUGCUAUUUUUUUCUAACUUACAAAGCACAUUGCACAAUUUUAAGGUUUCACAAAUUGGACAAUUUUUAAAUCAGCAUGUAAAAAGUUUUGGUCUUUGUGCUGAGAAGAGAAUAUAUUGGAAAGCUGUGGGUUUUUUUUUUUCUUUCUUAAGAAAGAAUAGCAUCAUUAAACAGAUAAUUGCACCAGU